CCAAGGUUACCCCACUUCCCCUUGGCUUCAAACACCCCCUCCCAUCUCUUCCUCCUCCAUGAGUUGAUUCAGCUCCUCACUGCUGUUUCCGGUCGCCUGAUUGUUGCCCACCAGCCUUGAGGGGAGGCAGAGGCAGAGGCAGAAGCAGAGGAGAGAUGAGCUAUUCGACGAACGCUCCGGCCGGGUUCUGGGAAUGGCCUGAUGUCCAGAUACUGACUGCCGGAGAGCGCAGGAUUCCUGCUCAUUCCAAAGUUCUGGCGUCGGCGUCGCCGGUGUUGGAGAGUAUGUUGGAUCAGCCACGCCAACGCGGGGGCGAAGAGAGAGUGAUUUCCAUUCUCGGAGUUCCUUGUGGUGCAGUAGAUGUCUUCGUUCGCUUGCUCUACUCUUCCAGGUGUGUGCCGCCGGCGGCGGAGAUGGGAGAGCACGGUGUGCACUUGCUGGUGCUGUCGCACGUCUACCAGGUGGGUUGGCUGAAGCGGGCGUGCGAGAUGGCGCUGGCGUCGGGGCUGGCGGCGGAGAGCGUGGUGGAUUUGUUGGUUCUGGCCCGGCGGUGCGACGCGUCAUGGCUGCACCUCCGCUGCAUGAGGGUCAUUACCGGGGACUUCGCUGCCGUCGAGCGCACCGAGGCGUGGCGCUUCCUGCAGGACAACGAUCCCUGGCUCGAGCUCGACAUCCUCCAAUCCCAACAAGAUGCUCGUUUGAGGCAGAAGCGGCAGCGGAGGAAGAGGGAGGAACAGGCGCUAUAUGCAGAGCUUAGCGAGGCCAUGGAGUGCUUGCAGCACAUCUGCACCGACGGCUGCACCGACGUCAGGCCCUCCGGCCGCGAGGCGCCACCGCGCGACCGCACCCAUUGCCCGAACCCCACCACGUGCCGCGGCCUCCAGCAGCUCAUCCGCCACCUCCCCGCCUGCAGCCGCAAGCAGCAGCAGCAGCUCGGCUGCACCCGCUGCAAGCGCCUGUGGCAGCUCCUCCGCCUCCACGCAUCCAUCUGCCUGCAUCCCGACCCCUGCAGCGUCCCCCUCUGCUCCCAAUUCAAGCGGAAGAUGGAGCAGAUGAACUUCAAAGAAGAGGAGGAAGACGUUAAGUGGAGGCUCUUGGCUAAGAAGGUGGCCUCUGCUAGAGUAAUGUGCUACCUGGCAAGGAGGAAUGCAGUUCCAGUAAGCUUGGCUGAAGCAGAGCUCAUCGACUGAGAGAUUACCAAGUCAGAUUUAGACCAAAUUAACUGGGAUGCAUCAUUCUCAUUUACAUCAAUUCCUUCAGUAGUUUGGUCCAUAACUGCUGUGGUAGAUUAACUCUACCAAAGUACCAUAAAUAUGUUCAAGCUUUGUAUAUGAUGAGAGAGAGAGAGAGAAACUUCCAUAGAUUUUAAGAUUACUCUCAGCCAAUAUGAUUUCUCAUCUCACUCAGAUAACAGUGCAUGGCACAAUGGCCUCCGCAUA